CCAUAAUUGAAGGUCUCUACCAGUCGUGCAUUUCGAAAUCUUCUUGGUUAUAUGACUAUUUGAAGAAAAAUAUACAAGUUUCAUUUGUUGUUAUUGUUGGUGAAUACAGAAAGAAAAACAACGAUGGUUCGUCGUUAUCAAGAGAUGGACGACGAGAACUACGAUGAGUACGCGCGGUACCAGCAGCAGAACCAGCGGAAGCAGCCGCGGGACGGCGGGCGCUAUGAGGUCAGCCGGCCCUCACUCAAGAGCCUGCAGACGGGAAUCAGGGCCAAGUUUCUAACCAUCUACACAAAUGGCGAAAAAAACAAAUUCGACAAACCCGUCAAGGUCUCAUUUAAGCUGAAAACGUUCCCCACUCUGGACAGCCUGCUGGACGAAAUCGCUCGCACAAAGGAGCGCAUAAACAAGACACUGGUGCGUUAUUUGUUUAAGUGGCCGAGUGGUGAGCAGGUACUCGACGUACACGAAAUUCAUGAGGACGAUGAGACGACCAUCUACAUAUGUUCAGAUACAAGGAAAUUGUACAAGCGUUGGCGGUACGGAGAUCUGGAGUACGGCGGUCCUAGCGCGGGAUCCGGUGGUAGUGGCCGCAACAGCUACGACAGCCGCGGCGCAAACCGCUCACAAAAGGUGUCACCGACGGCCCCACGGUCAAAUGGUUCCAUGAACGGUGGCGGACGGGGAAGGCCACUCACGAUCACGGUCAUAUCGAACACUGUCCGCUCCAGUAAACAGACAUACUUUUUCGACCCGCGGAGCAACAUGCAGUUCGAGGACAUCCUUCGGAGUAUCACGGAGAUGAUCGAGAUGAAAGAGCCGCCCUGCAGCGCCCUCUUCAGCAUCCGUCCACCAUACAAGAAGGUGGUCAGCAUCAGCGGUUUGAACAGCGUUACUUCAAAGAGCGGUGAUGUUUUCUGGGCUUGUGGUCAGGAGGGCGCGCCGGAAGAGACCAUGAGACGCUCACCGCAACGUAACGGGUCACCACAGCGCAACGGUGGCGGCGCCACGCACAGGGCGAAAAACGGGGACGCACACCAGAAUGGAAAUGGAGAUGACAGCCGCUACGGCCAGCAGCGUCGGUCGUCUGAGCGAUAUGAGGACGCACAGGGACGUGAAUAUCAACGCUACCAGAAUCAAAACGGUAACGAAGAGGACGAGGAUGCCGAGGAAUACGACGAUCGUACACAAGUUGAACCGCCACAGCGGAGAAACUCCCCGCCCCGCAGGUCAGAAGACAAACGUCGCCAGCCGAUUCAGAACAGGUACGACGAAGAGGAAGAUGAGCAGUCGCCACCGCGGCGAGGUGGCAAGGAGCCACCAAACCGACAAAAGCAGAAGCCACCGCAGAACACACAGAGGCGAAACAACGACCGCCAUGAGAACGGUGGCGCCACAGCCCGCAACGAUGACGGCGAUGAUGGUAAGUCACGCAGUAGCUCCCCUGACGACGAAGAGAUGGGCCGGCGUAUAGAGGCAAUAGAGGAAGUGAAAAAAGAUCUGGACGAGGACAUCGACUAUUAGCGAGGACCGGGUGUUAAAGAGUAUGUUUUGUAGUAUCGGUACGCCGGAUGGUGUGGGUGGGGAAAGGGUGGUAGUAAGUAUAUAAUUAUAUGCAUGAUUGACUAUUUACAUUUUUACUGCAUAUUUAUAUAUACUCAUAAACUGAUAUAAGUUUCGUAAUAUGACUUAUUAAGAUUGUUAUUUUAUUGUUGAUUAGUCAUAUAUACACAUAUUUUGACAUUAAACAUAAUUUUUUGGCACCUUUAACACAAUUUUAUAAUCUGCUCUAGGUCGAACAUUUAUCACAUUAUUUAAAUGAAAAUGAUUUUUUUAUCGUUUUCAUUUUUUUUUUACUAUUGUUCAGAUUUUAAAAGCAUUUGGGGCUCAAUUGAUACAAGUAUAGAACGCAGUGUCAUAUUUUCAGUUUUCGCUUUUAAUGCUUUCUUUUCGAAAAUAUAUCACUGUGUUUUUUUACUAUGUUUGUGCUUAUAUUUUUCUUAAUUGAACAGUCAACGAUUUAUACGAUAUAACUAAAUAUAGCACAGAGACUAUGAAUACGAGCGGUGUCAAGUCCAAGUCUAAACUCAGACCCACAAAAGCAUUGUUAUCUUAUUGCAAAGAAUCAUCUUUAUCCCAUUCUGUUUUCAAAGAUAAAGUGAGUACCUGUACACUUUCGGAUAGUUAUGAAAUUCAGCGAAUGUCAUCAUAAAUACUCAACUCGAAGUUAUAAUGAAAUGAAGAUUUUUAGUUUUAGCACUGAGUCUGAACUCAGACUUGAGACUGUUCGUAAUCAUGGCCCCUGGAGAUAACUCAAUUUGACAACAUAUAUUUUAAACCCACCCACUGUUGAUGAAAGAAUCAUGGUAUCAGCUUUUUUUUAAACCGUGUGAUGUACUAAAUGUUUUUAAUAGGAAUAUGCGCCUUUACACUAUAAUGAUAUUAAGGACGAAUAUGAUAUUAAUUGUUUUAUACAUAUUUUUGUUCCAAUGAUAUUUUUUAUUAUAUACUUAAUUAUAUUUAAAUUUAUUGUAAACUAAACAGUCUCUGUGAUCAUUCCAAAUAAAUGUUAAAGUCGU